GCGGACGGACUAAAACAAGGGGACAAGACUCGACGCCACACCGGUCUGGCUGUGUUGGGGGACUAGUUGUGUAAAGAGAUGAUGUGAGAAGCGAAAGUGUCUACCAAUACCAACCUUAGUGUCAUGAACAAGCACCCCCAGUGAACCUACCGAGGCGCCACUGUCACCGUCACAAUGCGGGUCACUUUCUCCUGGCUGGACUACCUCGUCUUCAGCCUCGUGCUCCUCCUCUCGCUCCUCAUCGGCGUGUACUUCGCCCUUCGCUCGCGAAAUGAGGCCAACGAGGAGUACCUACUCGGGGGCCGCAAUUUGCAUGCUGUCCCCGUGUCCAUGUCCCUUGUGGUCACGUAUAUUUCAGCCAUCGCGGUGCAAGGAGGCCCGGCGGAGACGUACUACCACAGUAUCCAGAUCCUGUGGGGCAACUUCGGUGCCCUCGCCAUCCCCGUCGCCGCCCUCGUCUACGUCCCCUUCUACUAUGAGCUCAGGCUCGUCUCAGUCAAUCAGUACCUGGAGAUGCGGUACAAGUCUCUAUGGGCGCGUCGGGUGGGCAGCGCGCUUUUCAUCCUCCAGAUCUUGCUCAACCAGGCGGUGGUGAUCUACGCGCCCGCCCUCGCCCUCGCCGCCGUCACGGAGUUCCCCAUCUGGCUCUCCAUCGUGGUUGUGGGCACUGUGGCCUCACUAUACACGGCAAUUGGCGGCAUGAAGGCGGUGGUGUGGACGGACGCCUUCCAGUUCGUCGUGCUCUUCGGUGGCCUCAUCGUGGUCGUCGUGAGCGGUGUGACGGAGGUGGGCGGCCUCGCGAAGGUGUGGGAGGUGGCGGUGAAGCAUGAGAGGGCAGGGCCGCAGAUUAACAAUUGGCAGGUCAGCAUGUUCGAGAGGCAUACGGUGUGGGGUCUCGCGUGGGCUGGCUUUCUGAACACCCUGUCCACGUAUUGCUGCUCCCAGACCGCCAUUCAACGAUAUUCCAGCAUGAAGAACCUCAAACACGUCUAUAUAUCAGUUUUUCUCUUACUUCCCUACGGUUUCCUCCUCUCUGCACUCUUGUCCCUCACAGGACUGGUUCUUUUUGCCACCUAUGUCGACUGUGACCCUCUCGCGGCGGGCCUCGUGGAAUCCAAAGACCAAAUCCUUCCCUACUAUGUGAUGGACCGCCUCAGCUCCAUCCCGGGCGUUCCCGGAGUAUUUGUGGCCUGCAUCAUGUCCGGGGCCCUCAGCACCAUCUCGUCCGGGGUCAACUCGCAGGCCGCCGUGACUUGGGAGGACUGGCUCUCAAUGACGGACUAUUUCGGCAAGCUUUCCUCCAAGACCCAAGCCUUCAUCACCAAGCUUAUGGCCUUCGGGUACGGCAUGGUGGCUAUCGGACUUGCCUUCAUCGCCGGCAGCAUGGGCGGGGUGCUGCAGACCGCCGUAGCUGUCACCUUCGCUGUGGCCGGGCCCCUCUUUGCUGCCUUCACCCUGGCCAUCUUCGUGCCCUUUAGUAAUGCCAAGGGGUCCUGCGCCGCCAUGCUUGGGGGGACGAUGCUCUCCCUGGGGCUGUACUUUGGGGCCACAGGGAUCGGCCUCACCCCCGAGCUCCUGCCCACCUCCACAGACGGCUGCCCGGCCAACAUUACCAUCCCACCUCCGCCAACCACCCCAAUCUUGAGAGUGGAGGACCUGGACUACCCUAAGAAGCUGCUUGGCGUAUCCUACACCCUCCUGGGCACGAUUGGGUUCCUAGCGUCCUGCAUCAUCGGGAUCCUGGUCAGCCUAGCCACAGGAGGUCACAACGGCAAGCCAAUCAAGGAAAACCUAGUGCACAAGUGGGUAAGGUGGGCCCUGCCUGACCCCUACCCUGAGGAGUCACCCGUGUCCCCUCGCUACACCGCCAACACUCGCUUCUGAACUCAACCUUGGCUUUCGGGGCGGCUCGGACACAGCCUGGAGAACAUCAGUUGGAGAAGUUGGGUUGUAUGGGCGUUGGAUUGAAUGGGUGUUGAGCUUUGCCAUUUUAUACGCAUUGUUGGAGUUAGUAUCUUAGGUUUUGUUUUUAUAAAGCCAUUUUCUA